UUGUCUAAAAUCUGGGCAUUCCGGCAUUCGGCGGUAUUAUUAAAAUAUAAUAUUAUGUACUAAUUUAAUGCAAAGUUGACAAACAUUCAUUUUUUUUAUAUUUUUCAGUAACAUCAGUAAUUUUAUUUAUUGUAUUUUGGAUCGAAUUAUUUAAUUUCGAAACCCAUGUAACCAACUGUUGUUAAAACUUAUCAAAUUUAAUUAUGUCGCCAAAAAAACGACGUGGAGGAUCAAGAGGUCGUGGUAGAGGUAUAGCAAAAAGAAGAGGUCCAAAACCACGUCAACCUUUGUCUCCAGACACUCCUACUGCAGAUGAUACUGAUGCCGAGGGUACGUCCACAGAUGGUAAUGUGUCGUACAAACAGGUGAUGUCACCUACACAAUCGUCGUCCAGAAAAAAACAUGUUGAUUACAGUGAAGAAAGAGAACUGUCGUUACCGCGAUUAAAACCUACUGUCAUUCCAGAAAAUUCUACAUUCCUAUCUAUGUUGAACCGUGAUAAUAAAUCUGACUAUAUAAUGACAGAUGACGAAUUAGACCAUGUUCAAUGGGAUCUUGAAGCAAUGUUAACCAAUGCAAUUGUACGCAGAAAUACAAUUAGAGAUGAGCUAAGCACUUUUGCGUCCAUGCAGUUUGCUCGUUCUCUGCACAGAAUGGCUAAAAACCCUAAACUUCCUACAAUUAGACCAAGAGCUGCUGCAGAAAUAUCGCCUGUGAAUGAAUGUCGUAAGAUGAAGGUUGAAUUUGAUCCUACUAGCAAAGAACUACCACCAAGUAAAACUGAAUCAGCUAAUAAAUUUUGGUCGCUAGUUGAGCCAUAUCUGGCACAUGUAAAGAAAGAAGAUCUCAAAUGGUUAGAUGAUUUAGUUAAAUCGUAUAGCCCCAAUAAAAAAUUGUAUGAAAUACCCCCUCUGGGUGAACAUUAUGCAAAGAAUUGGGCUAAAGAAGAGCUAGAAAUGCAAAAACACCAGUCAUCAUGUUCUCCACGUCCACCAAAAAAACUUAAAUUUGCUGAACGUAUACCCCCUGAUGUUGUGGAACUAGUGGAUAAAGCUAAUUCUGCCAUACACGAUGGUAAUUCAUACACACCAGCUUAUCAAAGAGUUGUAACAGCUCUUUUAGAUCAUUCAAACAUGAAUUCAGAAGAUACUGAAGAAAAUUUUCCAGAAUAUGAUGAUGUUGAUGAAAAACCACAAGAAAUGAGCAAUGUUUGCAAAGAAUUUUAUGCAGAACAAAGUGUCAAGAAACAAUUGAAUAAAUUGGGGCUAAUUGGUCGUAAUUCUAAACCAGUACCAGCACCAGAAGAACUGCUACCUUCUUUAACUGUAGCUGAUGAAGAAAAUGAUGAAGUCUUAGAAGAAUUAGUUAAGUGUGACAAUGCAUUAGCUCAAUUAAGAGAAAUUAACAAAAAUCAUUUGACUCAAUUAUUGGGAAGAUGCCGUAAAGAUUAUUAUCAACAACUUAUAAAAAAUAAAAUCGAAAAAGUAAACAAUGAGAUUUUAAAUUUUAAAACACAGCAAAAUGAAUCGUGGACAAAGGAAAAGAAAAUUGCUCAAAUGUCUGAAGAAGAUGAUGAGCUGCAUUUUUUAUUAAACCAACGUAGCAAUUAUCUCGCACAAUUACAAUCAGUGGGAUCUGAAUUCAGUAAUUUGAAUUUAAGCCCAACUGUUUCAGAUGAAUCAGAAUCUAGUGAUGAAGACUGUGAACCAUCUAGUGUACAUAUUAAAACUGAACCAUCUGAAAAUGAUACUAGCAUUACAGUUAACAAUAUAACAAAUGAUGAAAAUCAGGCUGAAGAACGCAUUGAAAUUAAUAUAAAACAUGAAAUUAUUGAAGAGAAAAUGGAUUUUGAAGAAGCUAAUGACAAUAAUAAGGCUACAGAAUAUGAUGAAAAUGUUGUUAAUGAAGAAAUUCAUACUGAAGAAAUAGAAGUGCCUACAAAUGAAGAAAAUCAAACAGAUAAGGACAAUGAAAACAAAAUUAAUCAAGAGGAUCAAACAGAGUUGCAAACAAAUGUAAAGGUCAAUCCUCUUGUUCAAAUUAAAGAAGAAGAAAGUAGUUGUUCAGAAAAAAUCACUAACGAACGGCGGCGUAGGAAGACUAAAAAAAAUACUUCAGAAAGUGAACAGACAUCUAAAAUUGAAGCUAGAAAACCAAUUAAAAUUAAACAGGAACCUGCUGAUUAUGAUCUUGAAUCAGAUCCUUCAGAAGAUAUAAUCGAUGGUGUUAAAAGAGAACUUAGACCUCGAAAGUUAAAUGAGCCACGUAUUUAUUUUGAACCUUAUGAUGGUUCCACAAGUGAAGGAAGUGAUUUUACUGAUCUGUCAGAUUAAUUUUUAUACCAAGCAUCAAAAAGUUGCAUAUUAACAACUUAUGUAUAGCAAAAGUCUCACUAUUUAUAAUAUACAAAAAAAUGUUAAGUCUGAUUAAUUUUUUCAUCUUUAAUAAGUACACAAUUUUUAUUGUAUUAGAAUAUUAGAUUAGUUUUUUCAGAAUAAUAAUAAUUAAUAAGAAAUAAAGUUGCUAGAUUUUUUUUCAUUUUUAACCCCAUACCAUUCAGACAAAUUGUUAUGUGAAGUAUCAGAUACAUGGUCUGUCAAGUGCAUACACCGUUAAUCUUAAUUUAUAAUUAUUUUUUAUCUUUUUAUUGUUUUCAAAAUUAUCCAAAUACUAUAAAAUUAUUAAAAUUAUAAUAUUUUAGUAGGUAGCCAUUAACAAAAAUAUUUAUUUAUGAUUGCAGUAAUAUUAUCUAGUACUUAUGAUAUUAAAUAUUAAGUUAAAAAUGUAUCAAUAUAUUCAUUUAUAUACUAA